AUGUCUUCCUCCGAGAGCUAUCCGAGUAAGGUUCUCGUGUCUGGUGAAUUGUCAUCAGAUGGUCUGGCAUUGCUGGGAAAGUCAUUUGAUGUACACGAGUAUCGUCAAGCGCUUUUGGAGCCAAACUUGUUGGAGAUCAUUGCCAACUUUGAUGCCCUCGUGGUUCGAUCUGAGACCAAGGUCACCAAGGUUGUGUUGCAGGCUGGCCGGAACUUGAAGGUGGUGGCUCGUGCAGGCGUCGGAGUUGACAAUAUCGAUGUUGCGGAAGCGACCAAAUUGGGCAUCGUCGUGGUAAACUCACCAUCCGGCAACAUUGGUGCAGCCGCGGAACAUACCAUUGCCUUGAUGAUGGCCAUGGCGAGAAGGAUUCCGGACGCUUUGGGCUUGAUUGUUGCACGGUUGGCCAAGGGCCUCGGCAUGACGGUGGUUGCCUUUGACCCGUAUACCUCACCAACGAUUGCUGCUGCGGCUGGUGUUCGUCUGGUCAGUCUUUUGACUGAGCUUUUGCCAAUCGUGGACUUUCUCACCAUCCAUACACCUCUCAUUGCAUCCACACGAGGAAUGAUCGGUCCGACAGAGCUGGAAGAGAUGAAACCAGGCUCCCGCAUUCUGAAUGUUGCCCGUGGCGGCACCGUUGAUGAAGGUGCCCUGCUUGCUACGCUCAAGAGUGGCCAUCUUGCUGGUGCCGCACUGGAUGUCUUCAUCACCGAGCCUCCAACUGCUGACUCGGUUACCGCCAAGUUGAUUGCUCAUCCUCGAGUCAUCGCAACACCGCACUUGGGGGCAUCCACCAUCGAAGCGGAAGAAAAUGUGUCCAUUGACGUCUGCGAGCAAGUCGUGGACAUCUUGGUGAAUGGCUCGCUGCCUCGAAGUGCCGUCAAUGCGCCACUGAUUCUGCCUGAGGAGUACCAGAAGCUCCAGCCAUUUGUGCGUCUUGUUGAAAAAAUGGGCAGCUUAUACACUCAGCACUAUGAUGGCCGCCCUGGUGGUUUUAUGAACAGAAACACCUUUGAGCUUACCUAUAAAGGCGACCUGGCCAGUCUCACCAACACAAAACCACUGUUCGCGGCCUUUAUCAAAGGCCUUCUCGCCCCCGUCAGUGGCUCCGAAGGUAUCAAUGUCAAUAUUGUCAAUGCGGAGAUUGUGGCCCACGAUCGUGGUAUCGUUGUCAACGAGCAACGCUUCCGUGAGCCAAACGAAGACACCUCCUACUCGUCCUUGGUCACUCUUGUGGCACGACCUCCUUCUCGAGCGUCGUCGCUUACACGUGGAGCCAAGAACUUGCUCCGAUCUCAAGACGAGGGAUCUAGUCCACGCAUUAUCUCGGGCACUUGCUCGGGUGACCGUCCACUGAUUACCAGGCUGGGUAAAUUCGAAGCGCAAUUCGAACCCGAGGGCAAUUUGCUGAUAUGCGAGGACAACGACUUACCCGGCAAGGUUGGUGUUGUGGGUAGUAUUCUCGGCCAGGAAGGUGUCAACAUCAAUUUCAUGACCGUGUCUUCUGAGUCUUCUGAUGAUGAGACGGGCAGCAAGGUAGAGAGCAGGAUUGCGGACAAAGACGGGAGCGCAUGCUAUGAGAAUGAGGGCCCACUACUUGGAUCGCAAAGAGUAUUAAUGAUUUUGGGCAUUGAUCGUGAGGUCUCGGUGCAUAUUAUGGGUGAGAUUGCGAGGAUGCUUGGUGUGGUGACUGCACGUGUUGUUAAAUUGUGA